CACUACCCCACUCCAUCCCCUACACUCGGCGGGGUCCUACACUGGUUGUCACAUACUCUUUACAACGGCUUGAAAUGUGACUCUCACAACACGGGUUUACCGACUGGAAUAUACCGCUCUGUGACAACUGAAGGGAUUUUUUGUGCGGGCAAAUCCUGCGUGGUUCUCAGUGGAUAUAGGCUGUGUGGACUAUACAUUUCUGCCAUGACUGUGGAUUUGUUUGCGGUUUUAUGGGUCAUCAUCACCACCACGGUUUCUGCGAUGGAAGAAACGUUGAUGGACACACGGGUGGCUACGGCUGAGCUAGGCUGGACGGCCUACCCUGCAUCUGGGUGGGAGGAGGUGAGCGGCUACGACGAGAACCUCAACACCAUACGGACCUACCAGGUGUGCAACGUGUUCGAGCCCAGCCAGAACAACUGGCUCCUCACCACCUUCAUCGACCGACGUGGAGCUCAGAGGAUCUACGUGGAGAUGCGCUUCACCGUGCGUGACUGCAGCUCCAUCCCCAACGUCCCCGGCUCCUGCAAGGAGACCUUCAACCUUUACUACUACGAGACGGACUCUGUUAUCGCCACCAAAGGAACCGCCUUCUGGAUGGAAGCCCCCUACCUGAAGGUUGACACCAUCGCGGCCGACGAGAGCUUCUCCCAGGUGGACUUCGGCGGACGGUUGAUGAAGGUCAACACGGAGGUUCGGAGCUUUGGCCCACUCUCGAAGAAUGGGUUCUACCUGGCGUUUCAGGACUAUGGCGCCUGUAUGUCGCUGCUCUCGGUCAGGGUGUUUUAUAAGAAGUGCCCCAGUGUGGUGCAGAACUUUGCCAUCUUCCCUGAGACCAUGACAGGGGCUGAGAGCACCUCCCUGGUAAUCGCUAGAGGGAUCUGCAUCCCGAAUUCAGAGGAGGUGGACGUUCCCAUAAAGCUGUACUGCAAUGGAGAUGGCGAGUGGAUGGUUCCUAUCGGGAGCUGCACCUGCAAGGCCGGUUUCGAGACGGAUAACGGGAACGUCUGCCAAGCCUGCCCCCCAGGGACAUUCAAGUCAACCCAGGGUCCAGGCCUGUGUCUGCAGUGCCCCUCCAACAGCCGCUCUGCAGCCGAGGCCGCCACUAUCUGCAUCUGCCGCAACGGCUACUACCGCGGUGACGUGGACCAGCCUGACAUGCCCUGCACCAGCGUUCCCUCGGGCCCACGGAACGUGAUAUCCGUCGUGAACGAGACCUCAGUGAUCCUGGAGUGGCACGCGCCCAGGGAGACAGGCGGUCGUGAGGACGUGGUCUACAACAUUGUGUGUAAGAAGUGCCGGGCGGACCGCCGUACCUGUUCACACUGUGACGACAAUGUGGAUUUUGUGCCGAGGCAGCUGGGCCUGACGGAGACCAGAGUGUUCAUCAGCAACCUGUGGGCCCACACACUCUACAGCUUCGAGAUACAGGCCAUCAAUGGGGUGACCAACAAGAGCCCCUACCCUGCCCAGCAUGUGUCUAUAGACAUCACCACCAAUCAGGCUGCCCCCUCCAUCGUACCCAUCAUGCACCAGGUGAGCUCCACCAUGAAGAGCUUCACAUUGUCAUGGCCACAGCCUGAACAGCCCAACGGAAUCAUCCUGGACUACGAGCUACGCUUCUACGAGAAGGACCAUUCAGAGAUCAACUCCACCAUGUUGCGCAGUGAGAUCAACACAGCCAGGGUGGAGGGCCUUCGGGCGGGCACAGUCUACGUCGUGCAGGUGCGGGCCAGGACCGUGGCUGGCUUUGGCAAAUACAGUGGCAAGAUGUGCUUCCAAACCCUCACAGAUGAUGACUAUAAGUCCGAGUUGAGAGAGCAGCUUCCUCUGAUCGCAGGGUCGGCUGCAGCAGGAGUGGUGUUCAUCGUCUCUCUAGUGGCCAUCUCCAUCGUCUGCAGCAGGAAACGGGUGUACACCAAGGAAGCGGUGUACAGCGAUAAGUUACAGCAUUACAGCACAGGAAGAGAACUCUCCCUGAGAGCCGACAUGUCUAACUGCCCCUCCCCACUGGGCUGCCCGACCCACUUCUCAGGCUCUCCGGGGAUGAAGAUCUACAUCGACCCCUUUACCUACGAGGACCCCAACGAGGCCGUCCGGGAGUUCGCCAAGGAGAUCGACGUGUCCACCGUAAAGAUCGAAGAGGUCAUUGGUGCAGGUGAGUUUGGUGAGGUGUACAAGGGACGUCUGAAGCUCCCAGGCAAGAGGGAGAUCUACGUGGCCAUUAAGACCCUGAAGGCAGGACACGUGGAGAAGCAGAGGCGGGACUUCCUGUCCGAGGCGUCAAUCAUGGGACAGUUCGACCACCCCAACAUCAUCAGGCUUGAGGGCGUGGUCACCAAGAGUCGGCCAGUCAUGAUCGUCACAGAGUUUAUGGAGAACGGGGCCCUUGAUUCCUUCCUGAGGCAAAACGACGGUCAGUUCACCGUGAUCCAGCUGGUGGGCAUGAUGAGGGGCAUCGCAGCGGGCAUGAAGUACCUCUCGGACAUGAAUUACGUCCAUAGAGACCUGGCCGCCCGCAACAUCCUGGUCAACAGCAACCUGGUCUGCAAAGUGUCUGACUUCGGCCUGUCGCGCUACCUCCAGGACGAUACUUCUGACCCCUCCUACACCAGCUCUCUGGGGGGUAAGAUCCCAGUGAGGUGGACAGCUCCAGAGGCCAUAGCCUACAGGAAGUUCACCUCAGCUAGUGACGUGUGGAGCUACGGCAUCGUCAUGUGGGAGGUGAUGUCAUUCGGAGAGAGACCCUACUGGGACAUGUCUAACCAGGAUGUGAUCAAUGCCAUAGAGCAGGACUACCGGCUGCCCCCUCCCAUGGACUGCCCCUCAGCCCUGCACCAGCUCAUGCUGGACUGCUGGCAGAAGGACCGUAACGCCCGGCCACGCUUCACUGACAUCGUCAACACCCUGGACAAGAUGAUCCGCAACCCAGCCAGUCUCAAACAAGUGGCAAGCAUCCCUGCAGUGCCUUCCCAGACCCUGUUGGAUCAUUCUAUCCCAGACUUCAACACCUUCAGUUCAGUGGAGGAGUGGCUGGGAGCCAUCAAGAUGACCCAGUACAGAGAUAACUUCCUCAACUCUGGCUUCACCUCCCUGCAACUGGUGGCACAGAUUACAUCUGAAGACCUCCUGAGGAUAGGUGUGACCCUGGCGGGCCACCAGAAGAAGAUCCUCAGUAACGUCGCCUCCAUGCGGGUGCAGAUGAGCCAAUGCCAGUCGCCCACUGCCAUGGCAUGACUGGAGGGGGCGCCGUGCCACGGGGCGGGCAUCAUUCGGGCUGGCAGGGACUACGGCAGAAAGGACUACACCCCUCACCGAAUGACCCCCGACCCGUCGGAACGUGCCAGGGUCGAGACUAUCAUUCUCAUCUAAUCCCAUCGAACAUAUAAUCAAACAUCAUUACCCAGGAGGCCAGGGUCCAGACGAAGACUAACUAUCACCUUCCACUAAUCUGAGUUAUACUGAGUUAUGAUGUAGAGUUCAAUGUGUUCAGAGACAGUUUUUUUCAAAUCUUAAUCUGUGAGUUCUACAGUAUGUAAUAUCAUCGUACUGUACUGUAAUCUAACCUCACGACAACCACAGGCUGACACAGUGAUGGAGUCUUGACUGGAUGAUAUUAGACUGGAGAGGAGGACCAAGUGGAAGCCAUUUUGAAGAGGAAGUUCAUUGGUGAAUCCCAAACCACCCCCUCUCCCUUACCAACUCGUUCAGAGGGCCCUCCGUUGUCAUGUGUUGCUGACGGAACUCAGAGGGUGACUUCCAGAGAGUGGCCAGGGGAUCAAUAAACCCAUCAACUUCGGGACAUACUCGUGACAAUUCAUGUUCCACUUUUAAAUAAUAAAACAAGCAUGAAAUUCAACCCACUGGGAAAAAACUGGUUGAAUCAACGUUGUUUCCACGUAAUUUCAACAAUAAAUGUGAUGAUGUUGAAUUAACGUGGAAAACUGAUUGGAUUUGCAAAAGUAAUCAACAUAAGGGAAUUCCAUAUUUUUUUCACCGAACUUUGAACCUAAAUCCAAUGUCAUGGUGACAUUUUUUGUUGAUUUCACGUUGAAUUCACGUUAGUUGAGAACAACCAAAUGUAAAUAAAAAAAUUAUGUUGAACUGACGUAUGUGCCCAGUGAGAAAUUUACAAAUCCCCCUGGUCAUUUUAUAAGAUAUUAACCUCAGUAACAGUUACACAUUUCAUUUGGGAGGUAUUUCAUCUGUUACGUGUCUUGAAAUCAGACAUAAACAAUUGCACGUGGCACAUAGAGUUGAAGUCGGAAGUUUACAUCCACCUUAGCCAAAUAUAUUUAAACUCAGUUUUUCACAAUUCCUGACAU